AUGGCCUCUGCACCUUUGCUGUCUAGAAGUCAAGGCUCAUUCACAGCGACUUCUGCUCCUGUUAAAGUGGUGACAUCACUGACUCUUUUGUCACAGGUGACUAUAACAGAUAAUUUUGUUGAGCAAUCACCACUCAGCAAACCUGUAUCCAUCAUAGACUCUAAGUCAGUACACAGGAGGUGGGAGGCUUUAUGGUCUAACACUACACUGUUUGUACAGAUGGGUGCAAAGGCUCUGCUGUGCUGCCCUGCUCUUCCAGUGACAGAAGCACUAUUCAUAACGUGGGUCAUAGCCCCCAGAGGCCAGUCUCCCUGCAGAAUAUCCUACAGAGUAGAAACAAAGGAGACCAAUGAAACCAACUGUACAGACAGGAGAAUCACCUGGGCCUUCACACCUGAGCAGAGUCCUGAGCGUCAGAUCAAUGCAGUGGCCCUCGAUCAUGAUGGGCUUUAUUCAUGUGAAAUAGCAACACCUAUGGGGAAUUUCCAAAGAACACAUGACCUCCAAGUGCUAGUGCCUCCAGCAGUAACCCUGCUUCCGGGGGAAAACAGAACAGCAGUUUGUGAGGCAAUUGCAGGCAAGCCGACUGCACAGAUCUUUUGGACUCCAGAUGGGGAUCAUGUCACUAAGAAGGAAUCACACAGCAAUGGCACCAUGACUGUCAGGAGCACAUACCACUGGGAGCAGAACAAUGUGGCUGCUGUGUUCUGCAUUGUCUCCCAUCCGACUGUCAACCGGACUCUGUUCAUAGGACUCAAUCAAGGUGUCACCAUCAUGCUGCAUUCCCUGCUGAUCAUUCUCUAUGUGAAACUUUCCUUUCUGGGGAUUAUUCUGCUUAUUGUAGGAUCUGCUUUCUUCCAGAAGAGAGAUUAUUUCAGGUAG